UGUACCCUACGUUCCGUCGUUUUGAAGGGUCAGCUCAAGUCUUUUGUGCACUUUAGAAACAGCCAGGAAGCCAGCCAAGCCAACUGAAAAAAUCAAAGGGCCGGUCUUUAAAGACUUUCCCUUAUUCAAAUUCCACUCCAACAACGCGCAUUCUAUUUCUUCCAUCAAUUUUAUAGGUUUUGUGUUUCUGUUAGUUCUCCGGUGAAGAAGAAAAACUAUUGACGAUGGCGGCGAAUCAGCAGAAUCUUGAGAAAAUGCAACUCCGGCAGAAUUACCGGAAUCUCUGGCACACCGAUCUAAUGAGAACUAUUCAGGCGGAUACUCCAUAUUGCUGUUUCGCGGUGUGGUGUGCACCCUGUGUAUCAUACUUGCUUCGGAAACGAGCCCUUUAUGAUGAUAUGUCAAGAUACACAUGUUGUGCUGGUUACAUGCCCUGCAGUGGUAGAUGUGGAGAGAGUAAAUGCCCCGAGUUUUGCCUUUGUACUGAGGUUUUCCUCUGUUUUGGAAAUUCAGUGGCCUCAACUCGUUUUCUGUUGCAAGAUGAAUUUAACAUUCAAACUACGCAAUGUGAUAACUGCAUUAUUGGUUUCAUGUUUUGCCUUAACCAAGUUGCGUGCAUAUUCUCUAUUGUUGCCAUGAUUGUGGGAAGUGAAGAAAUUUCAGAGGCUUCUCAGUUGCUAUCUUGUUUGGCUGAGCUUGUAUACUGCACGGUGUGUGCGUGCAUGCAGACUCAGCACAAGGUUGAAAUGGACAAGCGUGACGGAAAGUUUGGACCUCAUCCCGUAAUGGCAGUGCCCCCUGCUCAGCAGAUGUCACGCAUUGAUCAGCAAGUUCCUCCUUCGGUUGGGUAUGCACCACAACCUGCGUAUGGACAGUCUUAUGGUUAUCCACCUGCCCCACAACCUGCUCAGGGCUAUCCCGCUACUGGUUACCCCCCAACUGCCUAUCCUCCACCUGCUAAUGCUUAUCCUCCACAAGGAUAUCCUCCUUCUGGUUAUUCUAGGUGAUAAAUAAAUUUAGAACACCUUGUGUUGAUCUAGGCACCUAUUGAUUGUUUCAGUAACCAGUGUUUUCUUCAAGUUCGUACAUUCACAGCUACAGGUGUGAUGAAAAAGCACUGGAUAGAUUGAUUAUUUUGCAUUUACAAUACCUAUUGAUCUGUAUUCUCAUACUUUGACUUCAUUUUGUAUAUUGGUGUUUAUAUCAUCGUGUUUGGUUAUGUUCUA